GGGACUGGCAGGGCCGCGCCGCCGCCUCGGUGGGUCAGUCGGCUGCCGGCCACCUCAGGCUUCGGAGAGACGCUGGGCCUAUGGCGAGCGGGGCCGAGCGCUUCGAUCGCCCGUUCCCGGAGAGGGCCAGGUUGAGGGCAGAGGCUCGGCGGGCCGGCGGCGGCGGGGAAAGGCCGGGGUCAGGACGGGAUCAGGACGGGGUCGGGACGGGGUCUCCCGGCGGGCAGGGGCCGCGCGGGGCUUGGGCCGCCGCAGCCCGUUGCGGCGGGAGCCCCGUUCCCCGCCGCGUGGUUGGGAGCGGUGCGAACGCGGGGCCGGGGACCGAUUGGCGCCUCGGCCGGCCCGGGGCCGGCCCGGCCUCCCGCUGCCCAACUUUCCGGGAUGCGCUGUAGCUUUUGCGGUAGUUUGGAGAAAGAACGAAAGACCUGUUGGCAGCGGGCUGGCGAUGGAGGCGCGCCGGCGCUCGUGUUUGUGUGCGAAGGGUGGCCGUGCCUGUUGCUGUUGUUGUUGCCGCCGCCUCUCCUCCCCUUUUCGCUGCCCCCGUGAUCGUGACUGAAGGUAGAAGUGAUGAAAUGCCGGCUUCAGCAAAGCGCUUUGCUUACGAAUCUGAAAAGCAGCGUUGUCGAAAGAGAUACUAGAAGUAAAAGUUCAGGAUGAGUUAUGCAGAAAAACCUGAUGAAAUCACGAAAGAUGAAUGGAUGGAAAAACUUAAUAACUUGCAUAUCCAGAGAGCAGACAUGAACCGCCUUAUCAUGAACUACCUUGUGACAGAGGGCUUUAAAGAAGCAGCAGAGAAAUUUCGAAUGGAGUCUGGAAUUGAACCCAGUGUCGAUUUAGAGACUCUUGAUGAAAGAAUAAAAAUCCGAGAGAUGAUAUUGAAAGGACAGAUUCAAGAAGCCAUUGCGUUAAUAAACAGCCUCCAUCCAGAGUUGCUAGAUACAAACAGAUAUCUUUACUUUCAUUUGCAGCAGCAACAUUUGAUCGAACUCAUUCGGCAGCGUGAGACAGAAGCAGCUCUGGAAUUUGCUCAGACCCAAUUAGCAGAACAAGGGGAGGAGAGCAGGGAAUGCCUGACAGAAAUGGAGCGCACGCUGGCUCUGCUUGCCUUUGAUAAUCCCGAGGAGUCACCAUUUGGAGACUUGCUCAACAUGAUGCAGCGACAGAAGGUAUGGAGUGAGGUUAAUCAAGCUGUUCUAGACUAUGAAAAUCGUGAAUCAACACCCAAGUUGGCAAAAUUACUGAAACUACUACUGUGGGCUCAGAAUGAGCUGGACCAGAAGAAAGUGAAAUAUCCCAAAAUGACAGACCUCAGCAAGGGGACGAUCGAAGAACCCAAGUAAAAUGUGUGCAGAUGGACAUCAAACAACCUUAGUACUGCACAGUACACGUUUAUAUCAGUCUGUGACUGAAAUAUUUUUACUACAGUACAGCACUCAAUUCAGAUUUUUCAAUGAACAUCUAAUGUGAAGGGAGAAAAGUCCCUUUUAAAUGCUGCAAAAACUGCAUUGAAAGGCGCUGUAUCUCUUGGAAAGUCUGACUUAGGCUAUGCACUAUAAUACAUUUUUAAAAGAAAACCAAUUAAACAGGACAGGAAAAGAGAAAAAAUAGCAUUUUUAAAAGUACAGAACUCAAGCUUUCUAAUUUGGCUACUGAUGCCUAGUUUAGUGGCCGUGAGUUAAUACGGAGUUAUAUGGGCAACUAUUCAGUUAAGUUUAACUGUUUCCUGUUUGAAAUGUGUAUAUAGAGCAGUGAAUAUUUUCUACCUUUUAAGUUAUAGCCAGAUAUACAUUCCCCUUAAAAGUAACUGGUCAAGUUUUCAUCUAUAAACUUUGCAGUAAGGUCAACCUUUUAGGAAAUAGUGUACAAACUUGUAAAUCAUAAUUUAAGGACUUUUUUGGGGGGUUUAUUUUCCUGGUUUCUGACUUUUUUGGUGCUUUAUAUGGUGAGAGCUAUGUUCAUAAUGGAUCAGUGACCCAUCUUUUCAGGAGGAGUAGUAUUGGCAAUCGUUUUGUUAAUUGUCACAAAUGACCAAAAUGACCCCCAAGAGGCAUUUCGAGGGGUUUUGUUUCACUUCCUCUGUAUUGAAUUUGCAGCUGCAGACACUGCAGUGAUCCCAGCAGGCUGCUAAAGCUUUGAAGGCUGCUGGAUGUUUAUAAGCUGAAAGACACGGUUGUGUUGGGAAGUUAAGUGAAGGGGAGAGACGCUCGUUGAAGCCUCUGAUGCAUCGUCUUGUGCACGAUCUGUCUUCGCAUCUGCUGGGUAACAGUUGUAGUUUUAGAGCUGCUUGGGCUGUUUUCAUGCCUUGAGCUGAGCAGAGCAGGGCUGUCCAAAACCAGAUGUUUCCAUUUUCUCAAUUCUUCCAUACCUUUCUGAAGAGAUGCAGUUCAUCUUCACCUGUAUUUGUUUACUGACUGUCCUCACUCCAGUUAGGAUUAUAGUUCUAAUGUUUUACACGUCAAGUCCAGACUUUCAAGUCAACAAAUUGUAAUCUUCUGGGUAUGGGAUGUUCUGGUUGACUCAGUUUUUGCAGCACUGGACACUGGUGUGUAUCCAGUGGGAGUAAGCACUACUCUUGCCAAAUUGACCUCUAGAUUUUUAGGUCUGUAUAUCAAGUUAUUACAGAUUUACCGAGUAGGGAUCGAGCUGAUGGGUGAAGUAGCUUUAACAUCAUGAAACACUGGCAGCAGUCACACCAGCCCCAUACUGUACAUAAUCUAGUCUUGUAGAUAUUACCCUGUAGAAUGAAACUUAGUUUUCACUUAAUUUUACUGGAAUACUUAACGCAUUAAACUGUAUAAAGCUUUGCAGAUACACCUGACUUACAGAAAUUAACAAAACCUGUUACUGAUUGCAUUACUGUGAACACUGUUUACUUGUGUAGCUAUUUUUUGUGGGGGGAAGAACCAUUGUUUGUGAAGCAGCUAUUAGAGAUUCAGAGCACCAAGGUUAAGCUAGAUGAUGGAUAUAACAAAAUUAUCUGUUCCCAUUUAUUACUGAUCGUUCUGUUCUCUACUCUGAGGUCUUUGUGGUAUGGAGGUCUUAGAGUUUCUACAUAACAAGCUGUCAGUAGCCCCCUCAACUACAGCAAAACUCUGGCUUUCCUUCAGCCAGGCUGGGUUAUUCUCACACCAAACUGAACAGUUGUGGGAUUCUGGGUUUGGGUUUUCUAUUCUAUUUCCCCCCCUGCCCCCCUCCCCCCCCACACCUUUUUGCAGUCGGUUGUUGUCUGAAAACCAUGUAUAACUUUUAGUUUGUGAGAAACUGUAUGGUUAAUGUAACUCUGUUCAAUAACAACCUGCAGAAACGAAACUGGAAUAGCUUUUAAUUUCUUCCCAGGUAACUCAUCAGCUUUUCCUCUGUUCUGACACUUUGUGUCGUUAAAUCUCAUCUAAAGCUUCUCCCAGAUGGAGUGGAAAGUUGUGUGUUUUUUGUGGCAUGACUGGCAUUCUUCUCCAUGAGAAAUGCAGUGUUACAGUCCUGGUUGAGAAGUUCACUGUACUUCUAGAACGCUACAUAUUAAUUUCAUGUGGUAUUUGGGCAGAGAUUGAGUAUAGAUUACUUGAAUUUUCACUAGCCUGGUUUAUUGUUGGGUAUUUCUUUUUUUGCUCCCCAUUAAAAAAGAAACAUGUUUUUUAAGGGAUUUAAUAUGGAAUUAGUAUAGAACUAUUUCACUUUGUUUUUAUGAACAUGCCACAUUGAUAAGCAGCUUUAAUCUGUAAAGUUUUUGGUAACUGCAAGAAAAUAUUCGAAAGCUAUGCAUUUUAGAGAAAGCAUAAAGGUAGUGAUAUUGGUACUUCUAAGGAUCUUUAUAUUAGUGUAUAUAAAAUAGUUUGCAUAUACAAAUAUAAUAUAUAAUCUGUUUGAAAUAUUCUUGAAUGGUAGGGGCUGUGAAACAUAUUAUAAUUUAUGGAGAUAUUGUACACAGUAAACAGACGUCUCAGUACACGAAUGAACUUUUGUCAUAUGCAUGAGAAGUGUCUUAUUUGGUGACUACUAAUGAAUGGGAUUUUGUUAACCCAUUUUUGUUAGAUAACCACUUUAACAAAUACUAUUAAAUGCCACUUUGAUCGGUUUGCUUUAGUGUAAAAAGACCUAAUUUUUGUUCCACUUCAUUUAAGAUGGUGUGAGAAGAACUUUUAUAAGGUGAUUUGUUCCAAACUCAAUGGUGGCAAGCAAAUGUGGUGAUUAAAGGUGGUAACACUGCACUCCUUCCUCCCCCAGCCUUUCCUUUGUUGAAAGCAAGUAAGAUUUUUUUAAUCUUCCAUUAUUGCUGUGGACACAAAGAAGUUGGGUUGUACACUGUCCUGCCUGCAGAAAGGCUGUGUGUCGAGUGUGUUCUGAUUAGGCUACAAAUCUCUAUUCCCCAAAACCUGUCACCUCCCUAAUAACUGUCGUCUUUGCUGUUGCAGUGGUUCUUUUCUACCUGUCACAUCUGAACUGUGGUUGCUUCUGUUGUGCAACGGAGUCGUUUGUGGAGGGUGGGGGAGAGUGGAGAUGAAAUACUGGUGGCACUUUUCAGAAACACUUACUGAACUGUUUUAAUUUUAGAUAGCUGGAAAAAACAGAGGCUGCUGCCACAGAAACUAACAGCAGAGUUGUAAGUAAGGCAUUUCCUCUCAAGACUUUUGAAGAGGCAAACAUACACAGCUUGAAACCAGGUGAAGUACCUCUCUCUGUAUAAGAUUAUUUCAUUGAAACACUUUCAGCUCCUUCUACCCACAUUAAAAGCAGAAUUGAGAUGGAUAUGGAGAACACUUAUGUAGCAUUUAAGAUACAUGAAAUUACCUGGAAAGAAUUCUAUCUCCACUCCUUGUACAUAUAGGAGAAGCCAUUACAUUAUUCUGGGAUGAUUGUAUUGGUUUUGUUUUGUAUAAUUUAUGCUUUGUAUGCUUGAGUAUAAGCUUAAAAGCAUUACUUAAAAAGAUCCUGGACUAGUA